CAGUCAGUUCCUCAUCAACAUCAUGGAAGUGUUUCGUGCUUUACAAGUGUUAGUGCUUCUCAUCUUUAUCGCCUUCACUCAGGCAAAGACCGAAGACUCUCCGAAAAACGCCACAGAAGAAGCCUCCAAAGCUCUCGAUCCAACUUUAGUUCAACCCGAAGACAAAACCGACGCCAUCCGCAAAAAGAAAUCCGCCACUACUACCCUUUGCGUAGAAAUCCGACCCAGCGGACCCUACCAGAGGCCCUUCCAAAUUUGCGAGCCCGCCGAAUCCAAACCGUAUGCAGCCCCAGCUGCCGCUCCUGCUCAAGGUUACUACCCCGUACCGGCUUACGAAGAACCCAAACCCGCUACCCCCAAGCCCGCUCCCGCUUACGAAGCACCCGCAAAAGUAUACUCCGCCCCCGCAAAGCCUACGUCAGCCCCGGCAUACGGUUCAUCAAAGCCAUAUGCCGCCCAUUCACCCUCUUCAUACAGCUCAGUCUCCUACCGUUCCGACGAUGGCAUGGCAGAUAUGCCCGAAGAAGAGGAAGAACAUUCUGAUGAACUUCUGGACCACGCAGCGAGAUCUGCGGGACAAGAGUAUGGAUUACCCAUGACUUAUCUUCAACCAGCUUUAAAACACAAGGCGAAGAAAGGACAUAAUGGAUUAGUCAUUACUUGUCAACCCUCUUUGGCAGGAUAUGCAGCAACCAUCCCCAGUCAUGGUGCAAGCUACGGUGCUGGACCUUAUGGUGGAAACAUGGGAGGAUAUGGAGGCUACAGAUCGGCCAUGUCAAGGUCAUCCUAUGGAAGAUAUGAAAGACCAAGUCCUCCGAGAGGUUACGGUGGUUACGCCCCACCACCAGCCCCCGCAUACAAGGUACCACCCCCACCAUCUUACUACAAACCCUCCUACAAUGCCCCAUCAUAUUCCGCCUCCAUUUAUAAACCAGCCCCAGCUUAUAAACCCGCCCCCAGCUAUAGUGUUCCUGCUCCAGCCCCUUCAUACAGCGCACCAACUCCUUCUUAUCCUGUUCCAGCCCCAUCAUAUAGACCAGCUCCUGCCCCAACUUACCCCCAGCCAGCUCCAGCUUACACUCACCCAUCUCCAGCUUCCCAACCCUCAUACCAACCAGCUCCAGCCCCCGAACCCACAUACCAACCAGCUCCAGCUCCUCAACCUUCAUAUCAACCAGCUCCAGCUCCAGCUUACGGCCCCCCUCCUCCGUCAGCUUCAGCUUACGCUCCUGCUCCCAAACCACACAGCCCUGCCCCAGCUCCAGCUUACAUGUCUCCACCAACUUACGGCCCUGUCCCCAAACCGCACGGUUAUCCUUCUCCAGUUGGAUACAGGGAAGCUGAAGAGUCGAAGAUUACACAAUCCACCACUCAUGGAGUUCCAAGUCAAGAGGAAAAGGAGAAACACACUAUUGAAACGAUGACCCAAAUGGCUGAAGCGAGAGAUUCCAUGGCGAUGGAAGGAAAAGUGAAAAUGCCAAACCCAGGUUGGGGAGUCAAUGAGGGAGGUGACAACAAAUCAGCAACGAUGGCCGAAGAAAUGAGAGCUGCUGAGACAAUGGGCCGCGAAGAUAAUGUUAACGAAAACAAAGUUUGAAAUUUUGUAAUGACUUAUUUAUUGUAAUUUUGUAACUUUGUACUUGUAACAAUACAAUAUUUAAUAAAAAAUAAUUAGAAA